AUGGAUGGGACAAGGUCAAGGUCAACGACGGACGGCAAGCCUCAAAACCAUACACAAAAACAAAGACGCCCCCUUAGUGCUUCCCCUCUCGUGUCCUACGGUAGAUAUCUCGGCUUUUCCCCUCUCGUGCCGACAUCAACAGGUACGAUGAGUACUCUGCUGUACCGUCUCUCCGGUCUCGUCAAGUUUCUGGGUGGAAGUGAUUGUCGUUUUGCAACGCGUCAAGUUCAGCUCGUUUAUUUGUCGUCUACCAAUUCAUCCGGUAAACAGGUAUCACAUUUGCCCUUAAACGAAGAUGUGGAAGAGGAGAAAACUAGACAGGCAGGUACCCAGAGAGGAAGGGCGGAAUUACAUACUACCAGGUUAUCCAGUGACCAAGUCGGCUGUGAUAAACAGGCACCAAUGGGUCUAGAUUCAUGUCAGGUCAAAGGCUCGCCGCAAAGUUCUGUCAGUGGCUCAGCUAAGCGGUCGGCGGAGUACACCGAGAGAUGUAGCCUGUAG